ACAUUCACGGUAGUGCGGAGCCACAGUGAGCUCCCAUCAGGGUGUAAACAUGAUCCUGCUCCCGCUGUUCUGUCUCCUGUGUCCGGGCUUUGGACCAGCGUCUGCGCAAGAGAUCCGGCCUGGUGUAGUCACUGUGUCAGAAGGUGCACAUGCUCUCCUCCCUUGUGCUCUGGGCCCUGGACAAGACAAGUUUGACUGGAGAAAAGACCACGGAGUAGAGAAGAAGGAGGUGUUUAUGUAUAAGAGAGGCUCAUACUACGGCCAUGGCCUCGACGGUCAAAGUGAACAGUUCAGAGGUCGUGUUUUGUUCUUUAAAGAUGAACUCAGAUCUGGAAAUGCCUCCAUAAAAAUACAAAACACACGUCUGGAGGACAAUGGCACGUACACCUGUGUGUUAUUUAAGCCAAACACCAAUGAAGUUGAAAAGGAGAUUACCAUUAGGCUCAAUGUUGUUGGUGUUUUAAAGAUUAGAAAGAACAUCGCUGGGGCAGUUCCUAGGCCAAGUGUUCAGCCAAUUCGUAUAGAAAAUACCUGGUGGUUAUUGCAAUGUCAAGUUCAAGGUCACCCUAAACCUGAGGUGGAGUGGAGAGACAGUGCUGGAAAGCCCCUUCUGCUCUCAACUGAAGAUAAACAUGUAACAUGGAGUGAAGACCUUUCAGGACGAUUUUUUGUGGAACUUGAAUUAAAUGUGACCAGGAGUGACGAAUACACCUGUGUGGCAACUCAGAGAGAGAUUCACCAUCAGAUUAACAACACACUGCUAGUAAGAAUUCAAGAUAUUGUAGAUGCUGUUGCUGUGUCAGAAGGAGAAGACGCUAUUCUGCCUUGUUCUCUGGAAUCUAGAGAAAAUAUUCACAGGUUCAGCUGGAGCAAAGAUCAUAAGGAAGUGUUUUUCUACGACACUGACAGAGUGAAGUCAGAGGAACAACGACUUACACAUUUUGAACACAAACUCAAGUCUGGUAACGCCUCCAUCAAAAUACACAACACACAGAAGUCUGACAGUGGACGUUACAGCUGUAAAAUCCCAGAUAUCCAGACAUCAUACGUUAUACUCAACAUAGUAGAAAAAAUGAAACACAAUGAUGCUGGUACUGGAUCAACUUCUACAAUUCUUGGUGUUCUUUUAGGUUUUGCUCUAUUCUGUCUAGUUGCAAUCGUAUCUUUUUUCUGCUGGUAUUAUGUUGCUUACCUAAAAAAGCCUUCAAAUGAGCAACCAAAGCAAUCACAUAUUGAUGACUCAAGUUCAUUUGAGCCUUUUAGCCCCCAGUCCUCAUCAUGACCAUGAUCGGCGUUUGCUUCACACAAGUACUUUGGUUUUGCUUAGUUUUUUGUUUGUUCUAUUUUAACUUUUCUUUGUUACCUAUUUACUUUUACUUUUUUACUUAUUUUGUAUAUGAUAGUAGUUGUGAAUAAUGCAUUAUGUUUUCAUCUUUUGAAUAUGUUUCCUUUAGAAUGGAGCUAAAACAAUCCCCCUCCAUACUCUGAGUCAUAUACAAACCUCCCCAGCACUCCCUAAUGCUUAAGCUUUAUUGAUAAUUUUACUGAGAUACUUUCAGUUGUAACAACUCUCAUGUCCUGUUUGCAACAGUAAACAGAUUAACAAACCCUCCAGCUCCGCCGCCGUUAGAACUAAUUUCCACAUCUAAGUGCAAUGAGUUUGCAGUAUUGUUUAAUGACAAGGUUCAGGGCAUUAAAAUGCCAUCAAUUCCACAACACAAAUUGAAUUAAAUUUCAUUUAUAUAUUUAUUUGGUUGGGGCAUAGCAUGUUACUGAACAGACAUGACAUGACAGACAUGAACGUAAACCCGCCAGAUUAUAGGCAAAGGGUAAUUUCUAUCCGUUGUCCCAAGGGCUGGGGUCACAGAGGGCUCAAAAUAAAAAUUGCACAAUUCCCAUAGUUGCACAUUCCACUCAUUGCACCUUCCAAAAUAAUACACAUUGCAUUUACAUUUUACAUUUUAUACCCACCCCCUCCAUAUUUUGCCCAUACAUGCAAAAUAUGUCUCUAUAGAAAAGUUACAAUCACAUUGUCACUAGAAAUGAAUGCAUGUUUGGUUUGACCAUAACCAGUUUUUCCUUUGAGCUUUUGGUUUUAAGGGUGGUUUUAAGACCAAGUAGUUAAACAAUAGCCUAUGUGGGAGAUAAUCAUAGAGUAGAAAUAUGUUUUAGCAGCACUCAUGUCAAAGUUAUUCCGGAUGUGACGAAAAUUCUGAUUAUUGAAUUGAAUUACCUGGGACACUUUUUUUUUAACGUGACUUUUAAAGGACAAUGUUGGGUCUAGGAUAACUCCGAGGUAUUUAAAUUCUGAGACCAGAUCAAGUUCAAUAAAGACAUUAGAUUGUUUUAGUUCAGUAUAAUGUUUAGAGAAGUACAGGCAGACCAUUUUUGUGAUUUUUAACAAGAGGCAUGAGUCCUUAAGGCAGUUAUGCACCCAUUAUAAGGCAGCUGUGAGGUCAUCAGCAGCUUGCUGAACAUUUUCGGCUUGAGUGUAGAUGAUUGCAUCAUCCGCAUACAUCUGUGAGAAUACAUUUGGACAUGCAUUUGGUAAGUUAUUGAUAAAGAAUAAGACCAGCCCAAGGAUUGACCCCUGCGGGACACCAACAUCUAAAUGUGAACAUUUUACACCAUCAACUACCACAUAGUAUUUCCUGUGGGACACAUAUGAUGUAAACCAUUGAGCAUGGCUGGAAAUGUUAAACUGAGUCAACCUGGACAGCAAAAUCUAAUGGUUUACAGAGUCAAAGGCUUUCUUCAAAUCUAAGAAGACAGUCCCAACACAGGGACUCCUAUCCAACAAGCACUUUAUGUUUUCUAUUAACACACACAGGGCUGUGUCUGUGGAGUGAUGGGUGUGAAAGCCAAACUCUAGUAGAUGUAAAGAGGGUUUGGUGUUUUCUAAAUGAGCAGUGAGUUUGACCACCCACUUCUCAGCUAUUUUCAAUAUUACAGGAAGUAUGCUUAUAGGCAGAUAAUUAACCAUAUCUGCUUUAGCACCUGAUUUAAAAACUGGUGUUACUGCAGCUACUUUGCAAUCAGUUGGGACAACCAACCUUAGGAAGGACAUAUUGAGGACAUGGGUGAUUGGUCAUACAAAGGGAUCCUUAAAUUCUUUAAAAAAAAAUUGUAUUUAGGCCAGUUGCAUCAAGUGCUUUUGAGUUUUUUAAGCCUGUAAUUACUGUGGCAACUUUGUGGUCUGAAAUAUCAGUGAUCCUGAACAGAGCCUGAUCAGGGUCACUGAUAUUAUCAGUGUAAGCAGAUUGGGUGAAGUGUUCUCAGUGAUCUCAGUUACAGAGGUUAUGAAAAAAAUGUUUAAAUGAGUAGCUAAAUAAAGCAGUAGUUCCAUUGUCUUGUUAUUUUUGUUUGAUUGACCAUUUGCAGUUUGUUUAAAUGUUGCUAAAAAAAAAAGUUUACCAUUUCCUUCUGCAUUUUCUUUUACAUUUAUAAAGACGUUUUGGCCUGUCUUAGACUUGCAGCUACUUUAUUUCACAUGUGACUAAAUCUCGAUCUGUCUAUGAUUAGACCUAUUUUCAAAAAUUGUUUCAGCAACUGGUUUCUAGUUUUCAUCAGAUUCCUACAUUUUUUGUUCAGCCAUGGCAAAUUACAUUAUUGUUUUAAUGUAAAAUCAUUAGUGAUCCUUGACUUGAUGAGUUUCCUAGAAAAUAACAAACUUGUGGUCUGAAAUACCAGUCAGAAAGUUAUAUGACUUGAUUAUCCAUUCAGGCUUGUUAGUAAAGAAUAAAUCUAUUUUGUUUUUUUAAUGUCUUGUGAUUCUUGUAGGUUGCUCAAUGAGUUGAGAGAAAUUUAGAGUCUCCGCAGUAUGUUUAAAUGUUUUUCUGUCCUUCUUACACUCCCAGUUCACAUUAAAAUGACCAAUCAC